UAGCAAAAAUGACUGAAUAUUGGAAGUCACAUGCGCGCAAAUAUUGUGAUUUUUGCAAGUGUUGGUUAACAGACAAUAAAGUGUCAAUAUCUUUCCAUGAAAAUGGUAAAAAACAUAAGGAAAAUGUACAAAAACAUAUUUCACAACUAACCAAAAAGAGUGCAAAAGAAUUCAAACAAAAGGAAAAACUUGAUGAUGACAUGAAGAAAAUGGAAGCUGCAGCAAUGGCUGCUUACUUAAAAGAUGUCCAAAACAAUGGUGAUCUUACAUCUAAAGUUAUCAAUGAAAUGGUUGAAAAAAGUGGUGGCAGUGUUGAAAAUAUCACUAUUAGUAGUAGUACUAAAGACAAAUCGGCGCCAGAGUGGCAUGAAAUUAAAAAUGAAAGUGGAAAUUCAUAUUUUUGGAAUACAAAAACUAAUGAAACUACCCGGGACCCUCCCGAUAAUUAUUUAUCAAUAGCUCAACAAGAAGCAAAGAAAUUGAACGAGGAACAGUCUGAGAAGAAGCUGAAAAAGUUGAAAAAACAAAAACAAAAAGAAGUAUUCAAAGAAGUUGAAGCUCUGGUGAAUCGCGAAAAGAUCAAAGAGUUGACUGUUAAGAAACCCAACGCAGCAACCAGCGGAACACAAUUUGGACCUGCCCAACGUCCGGACAAACCAUAUGGUUCAUGGACACCUGUUGUAAACGAGCCCGAAGAAAAUGUCGACCUUCAGCUGCCUAAGUGCGACAAAGAGCUUCCUCCGCCUCCAAUAGUUGUACAGCCAGAAGUAAUUCAGUUCAAGGAGAAACGCGUCGAGUCUUUAGGCGAUGGCCCUGUUGUGUUCAAGAAGCGAAAAUUUAAUAAUCCAAAACGAAAUAUGCGACAGAAACUAGACGAUGAAUAA